AUGGCGGAUUUGCCGGUCGAACGAGUGCAAGCUUCUAGACCAUUCUUUACAACUGGAAUAGAUUUUUGUGGUCCGUUCUAUUAUCAGUCAGAAAUUCGAAAUAGGCAGCCGUUAAAAUGUUACAUCGCCUUACUUAUUUGUUUUGCUACAAAGGCGGUUCAUCCAGAGUUCAUCGUCAAGGACUUGUCUACAUCUGCGUUAUUAACUGCAUUAAAAAGAUUUAUUAGCAUACGAGGUAAGCCGAAAACUAUUUGGACUGACAACGCAACCAACUUUGUUGGAGCCAAAAACGAGCUGUUGGAGCUGAAGCGAUUGCUUCUAAGUAGCGAACACCAAGACAAAGUGCACAAAAUAUGUCUGGAUGAUAGUAUCGAUUGGAAGUUCAUACCGCCCAGAUCUCCCCACUUUGGAGGACUUUGGGAAGCUGGUGUUAAAUCAGCGAGGUUUCACUUCUACAGAGUCGCAGGUUCUUCGGGGUUAUCUUUUGAAGAACUUCGCACACUUGUCUGCCAAAUCUCAGCGAUCAUUAAUUCCAGACCUCUUAUUCCACUUACAGAGCAUCGUGAUGAUCUUUCAGUCCUUACACCAGGGCAUUUUUUGAUUGGCGGUCCCUUCACAGCUACAAUAGAACCGGAUAUGACAGAGAUCAACAUUAACAGACUUGGACAUUGGCAGCGCAUUUCUCAGAUGCAACAAAUUUUUUGGAAAAAGUGGAGUACAGAAUAUCUUACCCAACUACAACAACGAUCUAAGUGGCGUACCGAAAGAGAAGGUAUCAAAGGAGGUGACAUAGUGCUCAUAAAAGAUGAAAACCUACCGCCCCUUCGCUGGCCGCUGGCACGAGUCAUUGAUAUAAUUCCUGGAUCCGAUGGUAUAGCGCGUGUAGCAAAAUUGAAAACAAGCUCAGGGUUUACCAAAAGAGCUAUCACAAACCUAUGCUUGCUACCAUUAGACGAUCAUCUUGAAAGCUUAAACUUUCAACGGGCGGAGGAUGUUGGGAACCACAGCAAUGAAUAG